GAGUUGUGAAGUCAAAAUAUGUCAUUAAACUACAUCAAAAACUUUUAUGAAGGAUGUCUCAGGCCUCCAACAGUGAUAGGCCAGUUCCACACGCUGUUUUUUGGCUCUGUGCGUACAUUUUUCCUUGGAGUCCUUGGAUUCGCCGUCUAUGGCAAUGAGGCCCUCCACUUCAGCUGUGAUCCAGACAAAAGGGAAAUAAACCUUUACUGUUACAACCAGUUCAGGCCAAUAACACCUCAGGUAUUCUGGGCGUUGCAGCUAUGCACUGUCUUUGUGCCUGGAGCUGUGUUUCAUCUUUAUGCUGCCUGUAAAAAUAUAGACCAGGAUGAGAUCCUUCAGCGGCCAAUGUCCACAGUCUUCUACAUCAUCUCUGUCCUGUUGAGAAUAAUUCUGGAAGUUUUAGCAUUUUGGCUUCAGAGCCACCUUUUUGGGUUCCUGGUUGAUCCUAUUUAUAUGUGCGAUGUCAGUGCCCUUGCAAAGAUCUUCAACAUCUCGAAGUGUAUGGUCCCUGAACACUUUGAGAAGACUAUCUUCCUCAGUGCAAUGUACACCUUCACCAUCAUCACCAUACUCCUCUGUGUCGCUGAGAUUUUUGAGAUUCUGUUCCGAAGACUUGGAUAUUUAAACCAGCCAGUGACUUGAGAAUUUAGAAAGUGUUUUUAGUGAUACUUUAGCAGUGUUUGUUUUAUGUUUUCCGUGGGUCUCUGAAUCACAGACAGGACAUAAACCCACAUACCUCUGCAUUUUCUGGUGGUAGACACAGAAGUACAUGCUUUUUUAAAACAGGUCAGCUUAUUAUUCCUUUUCUGGAAUAAUCUAAACAAAACAAGCCUAAUUAAUGGCAAGGGACUCAUUAAUCUUUUUUUAAAGCUUUUGUAAGCCUAAAAAGCACCUCUCUAGCAGGAGAAAUUAUUUUAUUGACUUGUAUGAGCUAACCUAAACCCACAUAAAUAUUUGGUUGAUCAUUAUUAUCUCUGCAAUAUUAUUUUCAGAUUUAGAUUUAUACUUAUAUUGAAAUAUUACACAAAAUGCAAGUACUAUUUUGACAAAUAUUAUUUGAUUUAAAUUUCAACAAAGAUUGAUUCUUCUUAAGGAAGAAUAAUUACAUGCAAGAGUGCAUCAGUUUCUAAAAACAUUAUUGAGCGGUCCAUGGUAUCUAGUUACAAUCAUGCACAUUGAUAGUACAUUCAUCAGCUGUUGAUUUCCAUCUAGUUUUAUGUCCAUUUGAGAAUGAUCUUGUGUGGUUGUAGUAUCUGUAUCUGUUCAUUUUUAUCAGGCAUCCAUCCAACUUUUGUUAUUAUUCUCAGCUAAGUGUUUCAUCUCAGGUACAAAAUGGCAUACUGUGAUCUCUUAUUUUGUGUCAGCGGGUAACUAUUUAUUAUAAGAAUGCUAUUUAUGCAUAAAUGAAACAUCCGAGGAGAUCUGACAGCAUGUCUGGCCUGCACAUCUUCCCACAGUUGCCUUCCCACUGUUUCAACACCACAGCUGUUUGAGUAAUAGCUUUUGUACUAUGUGUAGAGAGUUGAUCAUUUAUAUUGGUUUUUGUCUGUGGGAUUUAUGAUGAAAAUUAUGCAUGAAAAUCUUCAUAUAUAUAUAUUUAUAUAUAUAUAUAUAAUUUAUGACUGCCAUAAUGUAUUAUCAGUCUAGGUCAGAAUA